CAGUGCGAGUCCGCUGGCUCGGCCGCGCGCUUGCGUACUGGACUUGUUCGGAGGCAUUGCAAAUCCGUUCAUUUCAUUUCCCCUCCCCCUCAUCUCUGUGUGUGCCAGCUGAGGCUGCGCCUGCGCAAUAGGUUCUCCCUGUUCCGCGCCGUUAGCCGCUAUAUGCUGGGAAUAACGUUAGAGCGGUUGUUACAGCCGGAGCAACACCGAUAGGCGGAGAGUCCGUGGGCGCUGUUUCCUCCCUCCUCGCUGUGGAGAAGAUGGUGGGUCAGUGAGCCAGCGAUUUGCCUUUCCUGAAGGGGGUAUCUCCAAACAAGAACAUAAGUUGUCAUCUGUGAGUGCUGGACCAGGAUCAUGGAGACCAGGUUCAAAUGCUCAUUCAGCCAUGAAGUUUAUUAGUAGAUGAUUGAUGAUGGAUGCAACUUUUCCACUAAAAGCUAUUUGACGGGAACGGGAACCUAUUUCAGCCCAAGGAAAGCAUUCUUUCAUGGGCAAUAUCCAGGAGCUUCAUGCCAGAGGAUGACAUAACCUUGUGAGGAUUUAUCAGCUAAGCAGAAAAUGAGCUUAACAUCCUGGUUUUUGGUGAGCAGUGGAGGCACCCGUCAUAGGCUGCCACGAGAGAUGAUUUUUGUUGGAAGAGAUGACUGUGAGCUGAUGUUGCAGUCACGUAGUGUGGACAAGCAGCAUGCUGUAGUCAACUAUGAUGCCUCUGCUGAUGAACACUUGGUGAAGGAUUUAGGCAGUCUAAAUGGGACAUUUGUGAAUGAUGUGCGAAUUCCAGAACAGACAUACAUCACUCUAAAACUUGAUGAUAAACUGAGAUUUGGAUAUGAUACUAAUCUUUUUACUGUAGUCAGAGGAGAGAUGAGAGUUCCCGAAGAGGCACUUAAGCAUGAGAAGUUUACAAGUCAGCUGCAGUUAUCCCAAAAAUCUUCAGAAGCAGAAGGAUCAAAGCUAACCACUGCCAAAGCUACACAGCCAAAACUACAAGACACCACUGCUGAAGUACAUCACAGAGCUAUAGAUGCACUGAAAUCUGAAGAGAAAUCUGCAGAUCUUUCUGCCAUGCCUCGGGGUACACCAUUAUAUGGGCAGCCAUCAUGGUGGGGUGAUGAUGAGGCUGAAGAACAGAAUGGUUACAAACAUGAUAGUAAACCUGAAGAGAAAAUACAAGAAACUGGAGUUUUAGGUUGCAGCACAGAUGGCAAGCAAGCUGAGGAGCAAUCUGCAGCUGCAAGUGAAGAAGAACCUUAUCCUUUCUGUAGGGAGCCAAGUUAUUUUGAAAUCCCUACAAAGGAAUCCCAGCAACAUUCCCAAAUACCUGAGGGUACUAUUCAUGAGAUCCCAACAAAAGACACACACAUAGCAGGGGCAGGGCAUGCUUCAUUUACUAUUGAGUUUGAUGACAGCACCCCAGGAAAAGUAACCAUCAAAGAUCAUGUUACAAAAUUCACUCCAGAUCAGCGCCACAAACCUAAGAAGCCUUCUCCUUCUGGUGCUCAGGAUCUUCCUGGGCUUCAAACUGUGAUGAUGGCACCGGAAAACAAAGUGGCAAACUGGUUAGCACAAAACAAUCCCCCAACAAUGAUCUGGGAAGCAACAGAGGAAGAUUCAAAAAGUAUUAAGAGUGAUGUUCCAGUCUACUUGAAGAGACUGAAAGGAAAUAAACAUGACGAUGGGACACAGAGUGAUUCAGAAAAUGUUGUCGCACACAAGCAUUAUAGUAAACGGGCAGCACUUGAAGACCAGUUAAGGCAUCAUUAUGCCGAACAGAAAAAAUUGCGCACACAAGCCCAGAACACAGAGAAACAUUCAGACCAACCUACUGUAAGUCAGACUGCUUUUAUGAUUGAGUUUUUUGAUGAAGGGCAUCCCCGGAAGAGGCGAUCUUAUUCAUUUUCUCAAAAUGCGGGAACUUUGUGCCCUGAAACAUCUUCUCCAGCACCCCAUACAAGAACUGAAAAAGUGAGACCUGCAUCAGGUGACUCCAAAGGGUGUUCAUCACCUUCACAGAAUAUUUCCUCUCACCAAAAAGCAGGACAUGCAAAACUUCUAAAGCAAAAGUCAGAAGAACCUUCUGCUGCAUUGCCUUUCUUACAAACUGCAUUGUUAAGAAGUUCUGGAAGUCUUGGGCAUAGACCAAGUACAACUGAGAACGUGGGGGAAAAAAUUAAAAGCCAGGUUGCUUUAGUGGCUGUUGAUAAGGAUGAUGAUGACCAAAGUGAUAAAGGUACUUAUACUAUUGAACUGGAAAAUCCCAAUGCAGAGGAAGUAGAAGCUCGCAAGAUGAUUGAUGAGGUUUUUGGAGUGGAUGACAGCCAGGAUUAUAAUAGGCCUAUUAUCAACGAGAGCCAGAAAGAUUUAGUAAAAGAUUGGGUUAUAAAUUCGGCUACAGUAGUGCUGGAAGAAAAAAGACCACUGAGUACAACUGGAUUUCUUGACACAGAGGAAAGUACUGGUGUGUCUGGAAGCAAACGCUGGGUGUCACAGUGGGCUAGUCUGGCUGCUAAUCAUACAAAACAUGAAGAAAGUGAAGUACGGAUGAAGUCAUCUGCUCCUGCUCCUCUAGAAAAUGAUACAGACAUCAUUGAAUCUGGCCUGUCAGCUAGAAGUGCUGCCUCAGCUGCCUCUUUGACCAGCCAAGGAGAUCGAAAGAGGCGAACACUUCCACAAUUGCCAAAGGAGGAAAAUGUCACAGAAGGACAAAGAACAAAAGUUACAACCCAUCAGCGAUCAGAGAUAGGUGAAAAACAAGACACUGAACUUCAAGAGAAAGAAACUCCAACUCAUACACAUAAAAAAAUAGGUGAAGCUACUGAUAGAAGCCUGACUAAAGCAAGCAGGGCAAUGAAUGGCCUUUCUCCUAAAGCAGACAAGACACUCCUUCACUCCAACAGUUGCUUCUCUUCUGGCAAAGAGAAAAGUGAAAAUGGCAGGGAAAAGUUGGUGGUCAAACAAGCUUUAGCUAAAAUUCAGCAGGAACAAAAUGAGGUAACACAUUGGAUCCCCACUAAAUUAUCAUCUUCAAAAGCACCAGACCAAGUUGAAAGAGGUAGAGAGGAGCCUUCUGCUUCUCAUGAAGUUGGCAAUAAAGAAAAAGUAUCAGGACAUGGCAAAGCAGAAAUGAAAGUGGUACAGUGUGAAGGGAAAAGAAAGAAAGCAGAAGAAACAACAAAAUGUCAAACUCCAAAAGGAUUUAGUGGGGAUAAGAAAGAAACAUCAAAACCAUUAGUGAGGCAAGGCAGUUUUACUAUAGAUAAACCUAGCACAAAUAUACCUAUAGAGUUAAUCCCUCAUAUUAAUAAACAGACAGGAACUACUCCACCACCAUUUUCUUUAACAAAUAGAAUAAGCGAGAAAAGUGAUUCAGUGGAAACAGAUUCUAGUUUAGAUACCACACUUAUUUUAAAAGACACAGAAGCAGUAAUGGCUUUUCUUGAAGCUAAGCUGCGUGAAGAAAACAAAACAGAUGAAGGACCUGAAACUCCAAGCUAUAAUAGAGAUAAUUCCAUUUCACCUGAAUCAGAUGUGGAUACGGCUAGUACAAUCAGUCUAGUUACUGGAGACAGUGAAAGAAAACCAUCUCAGAAACGAAAAAGCUUUACUACCUUCUACAAAGAUAGAUGCUCUACUGGUUCACCUUCAAAGGAUGUUUUAAAGUCAUCAUCUACAAGUGCUAGAGACAAAAUUGAAAAGAAAACAAAAAGCCGUUCUUCAGAAGCUGGUUUGAGAGGUGAUGCACGCAAGAUUGCACAGAGCAGUGGAAGAAUACGGCAACCUUCAGUAGAUUUAACAGAUGACGACCAAACUUCUAGUGUACCUCAUUCUGCCAUUUCUGAUAUCUUAUCUUCUGACCAGGAAACAUGCUCUGGCAAAUCACAUGGAAGGACUCCCUUUACCUCAGCAGAUGAACAUUUACAUUCCAAAACAGAAGAUCUCAAAUCAGCUAAAUUGAAGAUAUCUCCAGCAUCAACUGGGCAAUCCAGUAAAUCAACCACUCUUCCAAGGCCUCGCCCCACAAGGACUUCUCUCUUACGCAGAGCACGACUUGGUGAAGUGUCAGAUAGUGAACUUGCAGAUGCAGAUAAAGCAUCAGUAGCCUCUGAGGUGUCUACUACAAGUUCUACUUCCAAGCCCCCAUCAGGAAGAAGAAAUAUCUCAAGAAUUGACCUGCUUGCCCAGCCACGCAGAAAUAGACUUGGCUCUUUAUCAACACGUAGUGACUCUGAAGCAACAAUAACUAGAAGUACCACAUCAUCUCGUACUCCAGAAGCCAUAAUUAGAAGUGGCAUUAGACUAACACCACCAGCAGAUAGUACUAAAGUUUCUCCUAGAAUUAGAGCUAACAGCAUUUCUCGACUUUCAGACUCCAAAUCCAAAUCUGUGUCUUCAGCUCAUAAUUCUCCAUCAGUAAAUUCAAGAUGGAGGCGCUUUCCUACUGAUUAUGCUUCCACCUCAGAAGAUGAAUUUGGAUCAAACCGUAAUUCUCCUAAACAUGCCCGUCUACGUACUUCUCCAGCCCUGAAAACUACUCGACUGCAGAGCACAGGAACACCAAUGCAAAGUAGCAAUAUGUUCAAGCAUAGGAUAAAGGAGCAGGAAGACUACAUUCGAGACUGGACAGCUCAUCGAGAAGAAAUAGCAAGGAUCAGUCAAGACCUGGCUCUCAUCGCACGGGAAAUCAAUGAUGUAGCAGGAGAGAUAGAUUCGGUGACUUCAUCAGGCACUGCUCCUAGUACCACAGUAAGCACUGCUGCCACCACCCCUGGCUCUGCCAUAGACACUAGAGAAGAGGUAGGAGAUCUUCAUGGAGAAAUGCAUAAGCUUGUUGACCGUGUAUUUGAUGAAAGUCUAAACUUCAGGAAGAUUCCUCCAGUAGUAAAUGCUAAAACACCAGAUGGGAACACUCGACCGAAUGAUUCUAAACCACAGCCAGCAGACCUGCCUGAGCCCCCCACAAUUACACGUCGUCGAACAUGGAGUAGGGAUGAAGUUAUGGGAGAUACCUUGCUGUUGUCCUCAGUCUUCCAGUUUUCCCGGAAGAUUAGACAUUCUAUAGAUAAAACAGCUGGUAAAAUCAGAGUGUUAUUCAAGGACAAAGACAGAAAUUGGGAAGACAUUGAAAAAAAACUGCGAGCUGAAAGUGAUAUCCCAGUUGUGAAAACAUCAAGCAUGGAAAUAUCAUCUAUAUUGCAAGAAUUGAGGAGGGUUGAGAAACAGCUACAAGUGAUAAAUUCAAUGAUUGACCCUGAUGGAACGUUGGAUGCUCUGAGCAAUUUGGGAUUGGCUAGCUCUGUCCAAGCAGCUCAACCAAAGCAGAAGUCCAGUCCUGUUUCUCAAAGUGCCCAUCCUCAGAUACAGCCGAACUGUCAACCAGAAGCAAGGGCUGUUCGGCCAACCAUUGCCCCUGCUUCAAGUGAACUUGGCAAUGUUGAAUCUGAGCAUGAUUUCAGCAUACAUUUUAAUAGGUUCAAUCCAGAUGGAGAGGAGGAAGAUCCUACUUUGCGUGAAUGACAUAAAUGUCAGAACCUUAAGUAUUGAAUGUGCAGAAUUCAAUGACAGAGUCAUAGCAUUCUUCAAAGAGUAAAAAAAAAAGCUUGGUAAAAUUGCCAUUGCUUUGUUAAACCAACGACUAAGCUGUGAUGCUUUGGAUUUCACACACCUCUUGACUCAUUAAGGUAAACAUUGGUACUGAUAUAGAGCACAGUUUGUGGUAAUUUUAUGGGCUUUGCAAGCACUUAAUUUGAAUCUUUUUCCUCCAUAGUUUACUUAGUUUAAGCAGACUGUUAAAGUGACAUGCAAGCAAGUGAAAGUCCAGCAUUAUUACAUUUCUGAGUCUUCUGUGCCAAGCUGAUCUGUAAGCCUCUUCACUCAGAUUUGUAUCAAAUGAUUGAUCACUUAAAGUUGAUUCUGAGUAAGGGGAUCUAAAUUAGGAUAUAUUGCAUUUUAAUACCAUGGCACAUUGCAUCUUAAUACCAUGACACAUUACAAUAAAGGGAAAGGCAGGCUUGACAAUACAUUCAUUGUUCCAUGCUGAAGAUUUCAAACCAUUGUGAUUUAUAUAACUUCAUUGCUAUGUAAAUUGUCAUGGGGUUUACAUGAAUAUUAUGUUUGCACUAAGAAUUUGGUGAGAGUUGAAGGUGAACAUAUCAUUAUCAAUAGGUGCUAAUAACUCUGAUGUACAUAGAAGAGUUAUUAUAACUCCUUCUAAAAAAUGACUCCAUCACAAUGGUGUGAAUCCGCUUUCCAAAAGGAUCCAUUUGACCCUUGCUGAUCCUGUUCAAUUUGUCUUUUUGAUGUUGAUGAAAAUUAAAUGUCAUAUCAUUUUGGAACUAUGAAACCAGUCUAGAUGUAUAGCUAUGUAAGUCUAUUCCUUUAAAUCCUUUCUCAUGCUGUGUCACCAAGAUCAAACAAAAUGCAUUUAUAGGUGCUCCUUGAAAUGAUCAUGAGUUGUACAAUUUUCUUCAGAAGAUUUGGAGAUAGAGUAGUGAUAAUCUGGUCAAUAGACUGACUCCAGACAUACAAAAUUGUUCAUGUUUUUCCUGUAGACUAUCUAGUAAGUCUCUGUCUUAUACAUUUAUAAGAAUUUCUGGAAGAAAACUCCUAACGUAGAUCUUUUGCUUAUACUGCUUUAAUAGCAAAACUAAUAAAAUAUCCUAUAUAAGCCUAUUUAUCUUUAAAGAUGUCCCUGUAACUUAACAUUUGGAAAUAAAUAACAAAAAUAAACAACCUUAUAUUUCCAGAACACUGUAAUUUCAAGAUCUUCUGUUAAAUGCAACUAAUAACUGGAAUUUUCCUAUGGUUUUACAUCAGUCUAUAUUAAGGUUACAAAUACAAUUUUGACACUUUUAUGAAAUAGUCUUUAAUAUUUCAGCAAUAAUCUUAUGUGUCGCUUGUUUAAAAAUACUUUUUCCUGUACAUUUUUAAACUGUACAGGAUUUUGGAAGUCAUUGCAAAGUUUGACCAACUAAAUAGACAAAAACAUUUUUGUAGAAUUAUAAAAAUAAAAACCCCAAAAUCCUAUUGUAUAAUGGCUUUAGUUUUUUUUUGUCUUUUUGUUUUUGCUUUAAAAUUAAAAAUUGCCUCUUGUCAAACUCUGUAUCCCGUUCUCUAUUAACAGAGGUCAGGAAAACACUUGUUUACAGAUGCUGUCAAAAUUUAAACUGGUGUCCUACAAAAUACCUUGAGAGCAGUGACAAGGAUUUGGCCAUCCUCAUUUCUUUUUGUGCUUGGGAGAAGAACCACAAACACAUACAUGUGGGGAAAUAGGAAAUUGAUAUGGAAAAAUUAAACAUUUACACUUUUCACACAAUUUUUUUUCAGACGUUUACACCUUUCGUGUUCUGUAAUUAAUGUUUGCAUUUACAGUGUUCUUAUUUGUAUGGGCACAUACUCCUUAUUUAUUUAUUUUUUGCUACAUUUAUUAUGUAUAUGACAAGCAUUUACUGCUCCAUUUUUAAAUAAAGUGUUUCUGGAACUUUAUACAAUAA